AUGAGUGGUAGCGUAAUCGAACUAGAUGAUGACAUACUCUGGAAAGAGGCGGUGAUUCCAACCAAAAACUGUGAGCAGGAGAUUUUUGAGUCAAGCGAUCAGGAAAUUACUAGCGAUGACAGCGAGUCAGAGAUGCUACUCAAUGACGAUGUGGAUGCAAAGCCUUCAGGAUACCAAGAAUCGAGAGAAGUCUUUGAAAAUCAGGUUAUAGAAAACGCUAAAGCUGAUUUUUCAGGUAGGUCGGAUAAUUUGAACAAAGUUAGCAAUAAGACGACCAGCGGUUGCGAAAGCGUGCCGGUUAAGUUGGCGCGCAUACGACGAGAGCUACAAGAAAUCGGGCUUCUGAAUCAUGAUUCUAGUCUCCAGGAUACCGAAAUGGCCGGUGUUGACAAACUUCUAGAUGAAUUAGAUCAGAAAUUUAACCGUGAGACCCAGCAAAUUAAGAUGAGGCUUCAGAAAGGUUGUGAUGACAAGUCUCCUUUAGAUGCUAUAAACUGUGCAAAACUCCCAGACCUUUCGCUAGAUUAUGAGGGCUCUCAGCAGAUCUUGCGGCUUGAAUCACAGGUGGCCAAGCUGGAGAGAACGUUAGGCGUAUUUGAAUAUAAUGGCACGAAAACACUUACAACAUCGAUCAACGAGAUAUUCAGGGAGAUUAAGCUUCUACGGGGCAAUAAGAAUGACUUACAAAAAUUUCAAUCCAAACUUUCUUCUAUAAGUAGCGAAUAUGAAGAGACAUUAGUGGCCAGGAAAGCUGAAAAAGAUUUAGAGACUCAGAGGCAGAUUCGAGACAAAUUGUUAAGCCCUGAAUUCAAAGUUAAGGCCCUUUACGAUUCCUACGAUGUACUUAAGAAAUACAAAAAAGCACUACCGCACUUAAUGGCGCGUUUACAGUCGCUAAAUAAUUUGCAGCUAGAGGUUGGGGAAUCAAUUGGGACUGUCAAAACCCUCGACACUUCCAUAAAUUGGAUCUCUGAUCAGGCCACCCAGUGGAAACAAAUGCUUGAACAAAUGGAUCAAAAACUGAAUAAUGCAGAGGGAAGAAGUGCUAGGAAUAAAAAAGAGGUAAUCGAGUGGUUAAAAGCUGUUGAGAUGAGAAUAGAUAACAUUCCUUAA